AUGGCCGACACGGCAUACGGAGGAGGAGCGGCGGCUGCCCCAUCAGUGGAAACCUCAGCUCCUUCCAAGGAUUCACGGGAUAGCCUGUACAGCUUUGAUGAAGCCAAGCUGGAGCUCACCCGCAAGACCAAACCCUGGAUGCAAGACCCCAAGUACUUCAAGAAGGUCAAGAUUUCGCCGUCAGCAGCAAUGAAGAUGCUCAUGCACGCGAACUCCGGCGUGGAGAAGGGUAUGGCUGCGGGGGGCAAGCCUGUGGAGAUUAUGGGCAUGAUGCUGGGGAGGCCUGACACAGAGACUGCCAACGCCCUCAUCGUCACGGAUGUGUUCCCACUGCCUGUGGAAGGGGCGGAGACCAAGGUACUGGCGGACGAUCAAGAGGUGGCCAACUACAUGAUCGGCCUCGGAGACUUGCUCGAGACGACGCGGAAGGAACGAUUCAUGGGCUGGUACCAUAGUCACCCGUUCGACGUGGAGGUACACAGCCACUGUUUCCUCUCGUCCACAGACAUCUCGACCCAGCUGUCUUGGCAGAGAGCAGAAGACCCCCAUGGCAACCCCUGGCUGGCAAUUGUGGUUGACCCACUGAGGUCUCUGGCCAAGUCCCGGCCGGAGUUUGGCGCGUUUCGGGUGUACCCCCCUGAGUUCAACGCGCCGCUGAACGAAACCCCCGACGGCAAGAUCGUCACUGAUGAUUCUCAAAGGGUGGAGCUGUGGGGAGCGUGUUGGAAUCGGUAUUACUCCAUGGAGAUCGAGUACUUCAUGAGCUCGCUUGCUUCCGACGUGAUGGGCAUCCUCACCGAGAACUUCCUGUGGAUGCGUACGCUCGGCUCGACCCCGAUCCUGGAGAGUGAGAACCGGGAACGGUUCUCCGAGCGUAUCGGCAACGUCGCCGACAAGGUGGAGCACUGCGACGUCCACAUGAACCAUGGGGCAGGUACCAGCGUGAGCGGCUACCUGGUGGCGGACUCUGCCGCCAGCAAGCCGAAGGAGGAGUCGGCCAUUUCCAAGGCGACGCACGGCAGCUCCGAACUGGCUAUCGAGCACUGCCAAGGACAGAUGACCCAGAUCACCAAGAGCAUCGUCUUCGGCAUCAAGUAGAUCGAGCGGAUAGAUUAGAUCUGAACUGACCACCUGGAGGAGGCGGAGCGUUGAAAUCAUGUGUGGGCCCAAAAGCAUUUCACCGAGACCAUUCUGUUACCUGCUGUAGCAUAGAUUAGUUGCCUGCUGAGGGUUGGGAUGUUCGGCUGGGUGAAGUCAUGAAACUCGUUUGUAUCGUGAUUUUGUUAGCUGCUGGGUGAUGUCAUGUACAAAGGUGUAGCAGCGGGUCGCAGUGCACGCGAGAUGCAACGGCAGUAGUAGCGCGGGUGCCUGAAAUACUGCCUUCUACUUGUACCUGAUUCUUGUUGUUCCCUUUGGAGACAAGGAGAGCUACAGCAGUAGGCGCCUU